CUAAGUUUCAGGAACCGUUAAGAACUGAACCUGUUUGGUGGGGGAAGAUGAGAACAGCUUUUAUAGUCCUGGGUUUGACCCUCUCUUUGGCUGCAAUUACAAGGGCCAGAAGCCAUUUUAUCCAAUACCGUUCAUGGAAUUCACGAAUGUACCCAAAGUGGAGGGAUGGAGACCCCAGAUUCAGGGACUGCUGGAAAGGUGGACAGGUAACAUUUGACAUCAAGAAUGAUGGCCCAACCCUAAAUGGAGCAAAAAUAACAUUUAAUGUUAACGUUCUUCCACCCGGGAAUCAGACGGUGCUGCCAAACGGGACAGUGGUGUGGAGCCAGAACUGCACUGUUAAUGGAACCCAGUACACAAAGGGUGAACAUGUUUACCCAGAAUUCAACACUUCCCAGCAAUGGACAGGGUUUUUUCCUGAUGGUACACCAUUCACUACAACAUCGGCUAGAAAACCUCGCUUCAUCUUUGUGUGGAAGACUUGGGGUCGAUAUUGGCAAGUGGCUGGUGGUCCUUCCUCUGCACUCAUUAUUGGAACAGACAAUGUAAAAUUGGGGUCUUAUACCAUGGAGGUGGUUAUUUAUCAUUGUCGGGGAAAGAACAGGUUCAUUCCUCUUGGAUAUGCAUCCUCACAGUUCUCUAUCACAGAUCAGAUUCCAUUCACAGUGACUCUGUCCCAGACUGGUGAUGUCAACCAGGAAGACCAGAGCCUUAUCCAGAACCGACCUGUAACCUUCACUGUUGAUGUCCAUGACCCCAGCCAGUACCUUAGUGGGUCUGACAUCACCUUUACUUGGGACUUCGGGGACAACACUGGGACACUUAUCUCCCGUCAGCCUUCAGUUACACAUACUUACCUUUCAAUCGGCUCAUUUAGACCACAGCUUAUACUGAUGGCUGCCAUCCCAAUUGUCUGUGUUCCAAAUCCAACCGCUGGUGUGCCCGUAACUACUGACCAAGCAGUGAUAAUAGCAUCAGAUGCUCCAGCUGCACAAAACACCAAUAUGGCCGCCUCUCCUCAGCCUGUACUCGAACAAGAAAGCGUAGCUUCUGCUGUUCCGGCAGCAAUUAAUGACUUAGCAGCAGAUACGACUGAUGAUCAAGAGGACAUAAUUGCUGCUGAAAAUGAAGUUUCUGAUAUUUCAGCCACUGAUGAAACAGUUACAGAUGGUGUUGUAGAGACAGAGGACAUUACAGUUGGUGAUGGUGCAGCAUCUGUUACCCCACUUGAAGAGGGUGGAAUCACCGAUGCCACAGAUCUGGAAGCUGCAGUUGCUGCCGAUGGAGAGACACAGACCGUAGCACCUGCUGGUGAUGUAAUUGUUACUAUUGUGGCCACAGAUGCUACAGUUGCUCAGCCAGUGCCAUCUAUAUUACCAGUUGCUGAGGGUGAGAUUGUGGAAACUGUAAAUGAAGCUGCUGUCUCUGUGACUGACUCUGCUACAGUAACCCAGAAUGAGAUAGUUUCCGAAGGAACAGAACAAACACCAGCUGCUCUGAUUAUUGCAAAAAGACAAGCUCCAGAAAUCCCAGCGGACGGAAACUGUAUGAUUUACCGCCUCGGCUCUUUCUCCUCCACUUUGGAUAUUGUCCAGGGAAUUGAGAGUGUGGAGAUUGUGGAGAUGAGUAAUGUUGAAGUUUUGGCGACCAACAUUGAGCAGAAUGCCGUGGAUCUCACCGUCACCUGCCAAGGAAGCUUGCCAAGUGAAGUUUGUACCAUGGUGAUGGACUCAGACUGCAUCAAUCCUGUGCAGACAGAGUGUAACACUGUGACCCCGACUGAGUGCCAGAUGGUCCUCCGUCGUUUCUUUAAUGAUUCUGGAACCUUCUGCAUUAACGUGUCUCUGACUAAUGAUGUCAGUUUUGCUGUAGCCAGUGCAAGGCUCAGUCUCACUGUGGGUUCAGGCUCCUCCACAGCAGGUGCUGCCACUGCGGUUCUCGGCGUUCUUGUGCUCGUCUGUGUUUUAGGCACCAUCGCUUUAACUUACAAGCGACUGAAGGCGUACAGUCCACUCAAAGACAACUCAACAGAUGGCGUCAUGUUUAUUUCUGGUUUUAAGUCUGUUCCGAUGUUAGUGUGGAACCUUCUGACCCGACAGAGCACUGCAGAGAGGCGUCCUUUGCUGCAAGGGGGAGUGGUGUGAACACACACACACACACACACACACUUCAUAAUUCAGUUAGUGGCUAAAGAUGUUUUGGUUGAAUAUGGUGUUAUAAUAUCAGGAUUUUAGGUUAAUACUGCUAAGCCAGGUUUUUCCAAAGUGAAAAAGAUGUCUUUCUUCUUCAUUACACUGACCUUAUUGUUAUAUUCACAACUGCUAAAAGAAAAAUUCUGCCUACUUUAAAAUGUAAUGCAAGGGAAAUUUUAAAGCAUACCCAAUAAAAAUAACAUUGUGUGGUCUUUUUUUUUUUUUUUUAUAUAAUUGUUAUGGCUUACCUGAUUAUCACUGCAUGACUAAUACACACACGUGCAUACCACCACACAUUAUGUUAAAAUUGUGUUCUCAAGAAAAUGGAAGAAUAAUGACUAGACUUUUAUGUACCAUUAUUCUGGAUCACAACACAUUGUUAAUACACAUUCUUAAUUUAGAGGUAGGUUAGAUGCAUUUGUUUAAAUUAAUAUAUUAAUAUUGACUUGAAAUGAACAAAGAAAUGAUAAUGUUCAGUAUCUUGAUCAAUGUUAAUUAAAGAUGACUAAUGCAGUAACUGUUUGGCUUUAUGGUUUUGCUAAAUAUCUGAUAUAGAUCAUUUCUGAGAAACACAAAUCCUAGCUGAUAAUACAGUAAUAAUGUUUAAGGUGCUAUGCUUUUCUUUAUUCCUGAAGCCCUGUUACCCUGCAAUAAAGACAUUUUGGUGCUCUACA